AUGGCUAUUCUCCAUGAAACAGUUUGGUGUGUUGUGCCGACUCUGCAGCAUAGGUUAGCACCCAUAGAAAAGCUAAUGGUAAACAUCAACACAAAAUCCACGUCAGUGAGCAACAGCAUCACUAAGCAGCUCGAAAAAACGGCAAAUCUUGAAAAGAUUGAUUUUUACAAGAUUGGUCGCCAACUUAUGGAGCCUUUUGUGUUGGGAUUUGUCGCUUCAGAUGGUAGUCAGCGUGGAGUCCCUGAUGGUUUUAAUGAAGCUAUGAUUGGCUAUAAAGUAAUUGAUUUGAACAUUGGGAACAUUUUUGAGGGGUGGAAGUUCACCGCGCCCGUUCGCGGACUCGACUGGUACAGGCACAGCCUGGAUGAAGGAAGGGGACACAAUCAUGACAAGAACGCUUGUGCAUAA